AUGAUUGCAUCCGCCACUUUUACGGAGAUCAGCGAAGGGGCGAAGCAGAUCCACCAUGCCUUGGCGGGGAAGUACCAGGGCGCGAACGGUGAGAAGCAUAAAGUCAUGGGAGACAUGACGAAAGUGCGCUUCGUCCCGGGCCUAGGUAGAGCAGCCCACAAGUUGCUCGCGAACAUCGAGCACGCGUCUCGGCGGCUACCAGGGGCGCAGGAGACGCGGCGGGCCAUGCGGUUCGAAACGAACGCGCUUCGCGCGCGGUACGGCGCGCCGAUUUUUGCGACUUUCUCUCCCGACGAAGAACUUAUAGAUUGGCACGCGAUCGAGAAGGAGUUCAUGCCUUCGGGGCGGUGCACGCUGCGCGCGUCAGUGAAGUACAAGAACCAGUAUGCUCUUGGGCAGUGGAGUCGCGACGACGGUCUCCGCGUGUGUAGCUUGUGCCUGGAAGGCAAGAAGAGUGCGGGGACUCCGUGGCAAUGCAUGGAGUGCGGUAUCUGGAAGGGCCAGGAUGCCUUCCACGCGUCCCAGCACCACUCGUCGAAGCUGACUUCGCGGCGAUGCGUGGAUUGCCCCGAGAGACGGAAAUGUGUUGCAUGCGAGGUGCGGAAAUACGAAGGUGCGUUCGUGCAGUACCAAUGGGAGAAGUCAGCGAACCUCAGGUGUAAAGGGGGGAUGCGCGUCGAGUGCGACGAGCUGAAGAAGCGCCUGAGGUGUUUCCGCUGCGAAGAGGAGAAGCUUGCCAGGGAGUUCCUGAAGUUGGGCGCUCACAACGAAGCGCGGCUGUGCACGGAGUGCAGGAAGACAGCGAAGAAGGAAGAGAAG